GGCUUUGCGCCGUGCCGCAUAAAGCAAAUAAUUUUGGCCUUUUUAGAUUUAAAAUAUUUAACAUUUAUUUCCAAUUUCCAACACAAAUGCAUUUUUGGCGGUCUUUAAUCAAACAAUCUACACGUGCAGCUAUAAUUAUUCUUCCAAUAAAACUUUCAGUUGACAGCGGAGUUUGGUCGACGAAUGCGGAGAAAGGCGCUUCAUUGUAUUCUCGUUUAAAAUCUGAUGUUAUUCCUGGAACUAUUGUUUAUUUUGAAGAGAUACCCUCCUUUUCUGAUGCUAAAUUGUUGUUAGUCAAGAAAUGGAAUGGAUUUGUUAAUUGUACGUUUGCAAGUGCCAAUCGAGCUGCGAAAAUGCUUGAGAGGAAGGAAUGA